AUGCCGUGCCCAGACGACCAGACCAGAACCGAGAGCAUCACCAUUGAUGCCGGCGCCUCGCCGACCGUCCUUGACGGAGAGCCUGCCGUCGCCCUCUCCUCGUCGCCCGCAGAUCGACGAGCCAGCACCGACGAAUGGGUUCCCCCGAGCCGCUUCCAGAAGCGCAAGGGUUCCAUCUAUGCUACGCCCGGUUCUCGUGACGGCCAUGUUGACCGGAAUUACGCCUCUGGCUUCCACGAGAAGCACACUGAGAAAGGCUACACCAAGACGCCCUCAAAGUAA